AUGCAACGAAUAAAGGAACACAACGCGGCCGUCAGGAGACAUGACGCCCUGUCCUUGAUAUGCAAAUACGAGGACCGAGAAGGCCACAAAUUCAAUCUGGAAAACGCAAAAAUUUUGGCAUUUGGAGACAUGAGACACGGAAGAGAAUUUCUGGAAGCAUGGCACUCCAUGGCAGAUGAGAUCAACCGGUGCAUCGGACUGUUUCCAAUUUACGUACCCUUACGUGCAAAAGACCAACAUCUCAACCGGAACACUAAAGAAGGAUCGGAUAUUGUACAGUUGGUUCGGGAUCUAGCAAUACGGGAACCAUUUCAAAUUUACAGAAGCCACUCAAAAUGGACUGAACAGUCUCCUCAGCCUAGCACUCGCAAGCCGAAACCUGAUACUGUCGUGUUGGAAAGGCCAUCAUUCGCCUCUGCUUCUUGGAUUGCUACAAACUUUUCAAAGCAGGCUGGUGUGACGGUCACACUGGGACCAGCUCCAGUGGAAGAACUAUACAGGACUGUUAUCCAGAAAGUUCACGAGGCUGACUCAAAGUUCGUCCCAAAACACAGCACGCACUUGGAUGAGCCGCAGGCUGCCAGAAAGGAUUCGGCGACCUCUGGAUAA